AUGAAGGUAAAAGAUACUACUACUACUACUACUACUACUACUACUACUACUACUACUACUACUACUACUACUACUACUACUACUACUACUACUACUACUACUAAUAAUAAUAAUAAUAAUAAUAAUAAUAAUAAUAAUAAUAAUAACAAUAAUACUAUUGCCAAUACUAAUACUGAUACUAAUACCAUUAUUACUACUUCUACUAUAACCUGUAAUGAUAACAAGAGUCAUAAAAACAAAGAUUAG